AUGGCCCCCGAAGUGAAGCACGUGGAAGUGAGCGAGGCUGCGUACCGCAAGCUCGUCUUGCACGCGGCCAAGUACGCGUCGUCGACGGUCGUCGGCAUCCUUGUCGGCAAGCAUGCGCCGACCGUUGCUGUGCACGACAUUAUUCCGCUGACGCACCACUGGACGCAGCUCAGCCCGAUGACCGAGGCGGGGUUGGCCAUGAUCAACGCGCAUCUCCAAGGCAAGGAUGACCAGGUGGUCGGUGUGUACGAGGUGCCCGAGAGUCUGCACGCCAAGGAGCCGGCGAGCACCACGAGUGUGCUUGCGCGCAAGGUCGCCGACGCGACCGGCAAGCCCGCGCUCCUGCUCUUUGCGGAUGGAAAGAAGCUCCUCGACGAAAAGCCCACCGCGCUCACUGCCUCGGUCGAGCAGGCCGCCGGCAAGAGCAAAGCACUGAACGAACAGGCGGUCAGCGUGCACGGAUACAAGCAGCUGGUCGCCACGCUCGAGAAGGAAGUCUACGAGGGACGCUGGAAGGACCUCGCAGACUGGGAUGACCAUGUAGAGAACACGCGCCUCGACUGGCUCACCAACGCCCAGGUGGUUCCGUAG